UCAAUCAUUUGUCAAAAACAAAGCACAAAUUAUGAUCAAUUGAAAUUCAGGGUGGAGAAUCGAAGAGAGGAGUAGAGGAGGAGGAGCUAUAGACAAACGCCAGGAUGAGCCAAUGGUGUGCGAUCAGCGUGAUGAAGGCCGUGCUCUGCGUCGGCUGCACGGAGGUGGACUACGUGACCACCAUGGACAAGGUGGACUUCCAAUGCGACAGGUGCAGCACCCAGAACGGGAACCUCCAGCGCAGCGGUAGAUCCUCCAAUGUCAGCACGGCCCUCCGGCUGCUGGGCGCCAAUGUGGAGCUGUUCGGCGUGCUCACCCGUAAUCCCACCUAUCGCAUGAUCCUGGAUGAUCUCGAGCAGCGGGGCAUUGACAUCAGCCACUGUACAUUCACGGACCAGAGUCCGCCCUUCUCCACCAUCGUCCAGGAUCGCUGGACACGUCGCUGCACAGUGGUAUACUGUGACAAACCAUUUCCGUAUGUCACGGCUGCCGAUUUCCGGAAACUGGAUCUCGAUCAGUACGGCUGGGUAAACUUCGAGGCACGCAGUCCGCGCGAAACUUGCGAUAUGAUACGCCUAAUCCUCGAUCACAACAACGGGCGGGAUGAGCGGGAUCGCAUAGUGGUAUCGCUGCAGAUCUUCAAUGCCUUCGCACAGGUCGCGCAUCUGGUGGCCAUGUGCGACUAUGUAUUCGUCACCAAGUACAUAGCCGAGUCCAGGGGCUGGAAGACGCCGCUGGAGGCCUGCGAGGGCAUCAAUCAGCUCCUGCGCAUGCCCAGGGACAUCCGCAUACGCAGACCCUGCAUCAUUGUGCCCUGGAGCAGCCUGGGCGCGGGCUGUAUGACCACCGAGGGGCAGUACUUCGAACUGCCCGCUCACAAGACCAAGAAGAUCAUCGAUCGCGUUGGCGAUAGUGAUUGCUUCACCGCGGGCUUCAUUUACGCCGCUUUUGUGAGGCAAAGGCGACUGGCCGAAGCCGUGGACUUUGCCAAUGCCGUGGCCAGCUAUAAGCUGGGCUAUGUGGGCUUCGAUUGCUUGGGCCAUCUGCCCAUCGAGGCAGUGCAGCUGCCCGUCCGCAUGAAGUGCGGCAGUGAGGUGUCCUCCGACGAUGAGGAUGGCGAUCAGCAGAACAGCUGCCGGAAGCACCUGUUGCGCCCGGUUGAGUUCCUGCCUGACAAGGAUCCCAUGGCACCCAUUAAGCAGGUGGCUCCCAGUGAGACUCCAGUGGAGCUGGAAGCCUCUAGCUAGGAAUGCGUUCCAUGUUCAGCCCAAUAACCAUCCAAAGUAUAUACAUUUAAGUGUAACAUGUAAAUGUAUUGGUCAGUUUCGAUUGCUAUAAACAGACUUAAUUGGCCAUUUAUCAGGAAAA